UUGUUAAAGAUGGUGUAUGCCCAGUGGUUCAACAAGGGCAGGCCGGAACAUGCAAUAUGGAAUGCUACGAUGAUGCACAUUGUGAGGGAAGCAUGAAAUGUUGCAGUAAUGGAUGUGGACGUGUAUGUGUUGAUGCUCAACCAGGUCCAAAACCAGGUGAAUGUCCAGCUGUUCCAGCAGGGCAUGUGGGAAUUUGCAGUGAUUCCUGCGAAAAUGAUCAUUCAUGCUCGCAGUUCCAGAAAUGUUGUAGCAAUGGUUGUGGGCAUGUAUGUGUCGAUCUUGUGCCUGUUACUAAACAAGGAGUGUGCCCAGCCAUACAACCAGGCAUGGGUGGCAUCUGUUCACAAGAGUGCAAUGGCGAUGAACAUUGUGAUGGAGACCAGAAAUGUUGCAGUAAUGGAUGUGGACGUGUUUGUGUUGAUGCUGAACCAUUAAUCAAACGUGGUCAAUGCCCUGGUGUUCAACAAGAUACAGUUGGAACAUGUGUACAACUAUGCGACAAUGAUGAAUCAUGUGCAGAAUUCCAAAAAUGUUGUUCAAAUGGUUGUGGAACAGUUUGA